AUGGCAAAUGACAGUGAAGAAAGAAGCUGUUUAAAAACUGCUUCAGAUCGAAUAUCCCAAGUCGCCGGUCACAUUUCCAAUACAUCGCCAAAACGUCGAGGUCCUAAAACAAAAAACGACCUCCCAGCCGAUUAUUCAGAUAUUCUCGGAACAAUCUCCUCACUACAACAAAUAGCCAAUACACCUGAUCUCACCAAUAAAGGUUAUAUUCGUCAAAAGCAAGCCGGGAAACUCUGGGUCCGGGAACGUGUUCUUCAACUACUUGAUAAAGAUAGUUUUCGAGAAGUAGGUUCUGUUUCUGGAACUGUUCUAUGGAAGAAAUUAGAUGCAAAUGAAGGAAAAGCAAAGAAAGAGGAGCCCGUAUCCUAUAUACCGAGUAAUAAUGUGCAAGGUUUUGGAAUGUUGAGGGGAAGGAAAGUACUAUUUACAGCAGAUGAUUUUAGUAUCCGCGCUGGUCAUGCGGAUGGUGCGUUGAUGGAAAAGACGAUUUAUAUGGAGAAGUUAGCUGUUGCAUUGAGGCUACCAAUCAUCAAAUUGGUAGAUGGUUCUUCAGGAGGGGGUUCGGUUACGACUAUUCGCAAAGAUGGGUAUUCAUACAUACCGCCUAUGCCAUCUUUUAAUCAUGUGGUUCAGCAGUUGAAUAUGGGAAUUCCAAACCUAGGAGCUGUGUUAGGACCAGCUAUAGGACUUGGAGCUGCUAGAGUUGUUUCGUGUCACUUUUCGGUUAUGGCUGCGGAUGUUGGAGCAUUGUUUAAUGCUGGACCGAAGGUUGUUGCUGGGGCAACAUUUGAGGAAGGACUUACAUUUACGGAGCUCGGUGGACCCAGUAUGCACUGUACAAAUGGCACAAUUGAUAACAUGGCAGCAAAUGAGCAAAAAUGUUUUGAACAAUUGCGCACUAUUUUGAGUUAUUUGCCAAACUCUGGGGCUUCUCUACCACCUACUGUAAGCACUGAAGAUCCGGCCGACCGACUUUGUGGAGAGCUACGGACAAUUAUUCCACGGCGAAAGGCAAGAAUGUACGAUCCUCGAAAGAUCAUAACGACUGUAGUUGACAAAGAAAGUUGGUUCGAAAUUGGAGCACUUUGGGGAACCACUGCAAUUGUUGGACUUGCCAGACUUUCUGGUCGGCCUAUUGGAAUUAUAUCAUUAAAUUCUGAGGUAAAUGCCGGAGCACUUGAUGCUGCUGGAAGCCAAAAGAUCACACGACAUCUAAAAUUCUGCGAUAUUUUUAAUAUUCCUAUAUUGCAAUUUGUGGACAUCCCAGGUUAUGCAAUUGGAACGAUAGCAGAAAGAACAGCGACCAUGAGACAUGGUGUAGCACUUGGGACGACAUAUUAUUCUACGACGACGCCGGUUUUCAGCGUUGUGACGAGAAAAGCAUAUGGUGUAGCUGGUGGGAUAAUGCUUGAUUGUAGAGAUCCUCGUUUUCGCGUGGCGUGGCCAAGUGGGGAAUGGGGAAGUCUUCCAUUAGAUGGAGGUAUUGAAGUUGGACAUGCUGCAGAGUUGAAAGCAGCGGAAGCCAAUGGAAAUCGGGAGGAAAGAUAUAAAGAGUUGGAAGAAGAAUAUACUCGAUUGAUGAAUCCAGUCAGAACAGCAAAUGCGUUUGGGGUUGAAGAGAUCAUAGAUCCUGCUGUUACAAGACAGGUUGUUUGUGAAUGGUUGAAGCAUGUAUAUGAGGAAUUGCUGCCCAUCAGACUUUUAGAUCGAGCAAACGGAAAGAUUCAUCCAAUCUUCUACUAA